ACAACCAGCCAGUCCGGCAACUGGCGUGGCAUAGAGAACGCGCUCACGUUCGAAUUUUAAAUUUCGCGUGAGGGAAAUUCGCGCGAAACUUUGCAAUAGAAUUUAUUAAAUAUUUAUUUUAUACGUAUUAAUUUUAAUAUUAAUUAAUGUAGUGGUACUGUAAAAGAAAUAUGUAAUCAAGUGAAAAUAUCGUAUAAUUAAACAUUUCGCGAGUUUUACAUUUUUUCACAGAUUUCUCGCAGAAAGUAAAUCGUAAAUAAUGUUAACGAAUACUUCAAGUUUGCUUCUCUUCUCAACCAUUAUCCUAAAACUCGCCGAUGCAACGGUGCCUGGCACAGCAAGCGCAAAUGAGAUCACCCAAAAAGCACAAAAGAAAACCCCAAACCCUGGCGGGGCUUUAUACCCCCAAGAAACAAUAACAAGAUCCAUAAGAAACCUAGAUGGUAUAUGGAACUUCAGACGGUCGCCUGUGGACCCAGAAUACGGAUAUCGGAACGGCUGGUACGAGCAAGACCUUGAAAAGACGGGGCCAGUAAUCCCCAUGCCAGUGCCGUCUUCGUACAACGACGUGGGGGAGGAGGCUUCGCUGCGAGACCACGUAGGGCUGGUCUGGUACGACAGGCGCUUCCACGUGCCCAUAUGGUGGCUCCGGGCGGAACAGCGGGUUUGGCUACGAUUCAGCAGUGUCCAUUACGCUGCCCAAGUAUGGGUGAACAGCAAACCGGUGAGCUACCAUGAAAUCGGUCACCUACCGUUCGAGGCCGAGAUCACUGACCUCAUUCACUACAACAGCAGUAACCUCCUCACCGUCGUUGUUGACAACACAUUACUCAGCGACACAGUUCCUCAAGGCACCAUUCGGGAUAUAUUUGUUGGGACAACAAAAGUGCGACAAGAGCAGACAUACACAUUCGAUUUCUUCAACUACGCCGGCAUCCACCGCUCGGUGUUUCUCUACACCACGCCGCAGCAGUACAUCGACGACGUCAUCGUCAAUACUGAUAUCCAGGGGCUUACAGGUUUCGUUGUAUACAACGUAACAUACAAGGGUACUUCCAACGUUAACUGCCUUAUCCAAUUGUUUGAUAAGGACGGCUUGCAAGUGGCUGGAGCUAACGAAUGCGCCGGCCUUUUGGAGAUUGGCAACGCCAAUUUCUGGUGGCCUUACCUCAUGCAUUCCUCUCCUGGUUACUUAUACACUUUGAAGGCAUCCCUCAUAGGCCAGUUAGGAGAAAUUCUAGACACUUACAAUCUGAAAGUGGGCAUCAGGACUGUCACUUGGAGCAACACAACAAUCUACCUCAACGACAAGCCCAUUUACUUGAGAGGGUUUGGCAUGCACGAAGAUUCAGACCUCCGUGGUAAAGGCUGGGACCCAGUGCUGUGGGUGAAGAACUUCAAUUUAAUAAAAUGGGUGGGAGCGAACGCAUUCCGCACAUCACACUACCCCUACGCCGAGGAGAUCUACCAGAUGGCCGACGAGCAGGGCAUCAUGAUCAUUGACGAGUGUCCCAGCGUUGACACUGAUAUAUUCACAGAUACCCUUCUGGAGAAGCACAAGCAGUCGCUAACGGAACUAAUUCGUCGAGACAAGAACCAUCCGAGUGUGAUCAUGUGGUCCAUUUCCAAUGAGCCACGGUCCAACAACUUCAAGGCUGACUCCUAUUUUAAAAAAGUUGUGAAGCAUGUAAAAUCUAUGGAUUUAUCAAGGCCCGUGACGAUUGCCAUUUCUCAAGGUUAUUUAAAUGAUAAAUCUGGUCAAUACUUAGAUGUGAUUUGCUUCAACCGAUACAACGGCUGGUACGCAAGCACCGGCCAGCUCCUCAACAUAGCUAGCAACGUGGUGGAAGAGGCUACGGCGUGGCAUCGCAAGCACAACAAGCCCGUCAUCAUGAGCGAAUAUGGCGCCGACACGCUUGCUGGGCUGCAUUUGCUGCCAGAGUUCGUGUGGUCGGAGGAAUAUCAAGUCGCUUUGCUCUCGGAACACUUCAAAGCUUUCGAUCAACUUCGUCACGCCGGUUUCUUCUCCGGAGAGCUCAUUUGGAACUUUGCAGACUUCAAAACUGCACAGACAAUAACACGAGUAGGCGGCAACAAGAAGGGUAUCUUCACACGGGAGAGACAGCCCAAAGCUUCAGCUCACCACUUGAGAGCAAGAUAUCUAUCACUUGCAGCCGCCGACAAUGGAGCGCCCGCGCCUGAUGUUGCAUACUACGUCAGUGACAACAAACCUGCCGUCCACAUUGAAUUAUAACAGUACUAGCAGACGCGCACGACUUCGUCCGCCCGUAGACCUCCUUAAUCCGGCCCCCUCGCAAAAUCCGUGUUAGCGGACCGGUACUAUCUAAAAACUGCCUCCCUGCUAAAUUUCGUCUUUGUACGUCGGUUUUUGAGAUUUCGUGAUGAAUGACCUUUCGCAUUUAUAUAUUAAGAUAUAUAAAUGGUAAUAUUAUAAAAGUAUAAUUAUAUACAAUGGUAAUAGUAAAAUAUUUGCCAACAGUUCAGUAACAGUAAAACAAUUGCCCAAACUUUUACUUUUAAAUUAUUGUCAAUUUAGGCAAACAUAGAGGUAAAUACAUACCUACCUUCUAUUCCUUUAAUCGCAUCAAAAUGUUGAUCGAUAUUGAUUGUUGAUGGUUUAAUUCGAGAUCCAAAUGAGAGAUAGAAUAGAAUGAAUUGUGGAUGAUUUCACUUUGAGUGACAUUUUGAAUGUCCAUAGCAAGUGUAAAAUGCAACUUAUGUGUUUUAGACAUUACACAUAGUUAUUUUAUUUUUCGAAGACUGUUUCGCUUUGAAUGUAUGUGGAUACUAAAGUACCGCCAGCACAGCAUAAACGCAUUGUUAGACUAUUUAAAGUUAUAACAGAAAUAGCCGUAUGAUAUUAUUAUAAAAAACUCGUUUACAAAAAUAAACAUUACUUAGCAACUUUCAGGCAGACGAUCCUUACUAUUUCUACAAUACAAACCAAAAAAUACGCGUCGAAUUGAGAAGAUUACGUUUUUGUGCGCAACCUAUUCUGCGCACCUUUCACUGUGCGCUGCCGCCAACAGCGUACGCACGGGGAGAGGUCGCGGAGGGGGUCGGGCGACCGUGCACCGUCGCUCCGAGGACAUAUGCACUAUAGGCACUUUCAUGCAUAGGACGCCCACAGUGGUCCUUCGAGCCGGAUCACUGUGGGCAUCGGAAUGUGACGCUUGUUGUUAAAAUAGAAUACUUUAAACUGACUGACAAGUAAACAUCGAAUUAAGAGUAUGUGCGAUUCGGUGGUCGACAUUCAUGCCUCCGUGGCGCAGUGGUAGGCGCGGUGGAUAUACAAGACGGAGGUCCUAGGUUCGAUCCCCGGCUGGGCAGAUUGAGAUUUUCUUAAUUUGUCCAGGUCUGGCUGGUGGGAGGCUUCAGCCGUGGUUAGUUACCACCAUAACGGCAAAGACGUACCGCCAAGCGAUUUAGCGUUCCGGUACGAUGCCGUGUAGAAACCGAAAGGGGUGUGGAUUUUCAUCCUCCUCCUAACAAGUUAGCCCGCUUCCAUCUUAGACUGCAUCAUCACUUACCAUCACGUGAGAUUGUAGUCAAGGGCUAACUUGUAAAGAAUAAAAAAAAAAAUGCGAGUGCCUAAUGCAUACGUCCUCGGUGUACGGUCCGGCCGUCUCCUCCUGUGUGUCGUAUGGUGCUGAGAUACCUACCCAUAUAAUUUACGUUUAGAUGAUAGAAUUAAUCAAGAAUAAAAUGAUAAAAUUGAAAACAAACUUAAUGGAUUGGUAAGUAUUGAUUACGACUAAAUUAUAUAGGUAAAGCCAGCUACACACCGUCAAGUGUGCAGCGCGCUUAAGGAUGUAGACAAAAUAGUAAGGUACGUUGCCUCCUCGUAGCUGUCCUGAUAAAAAAUAUUUUGAUACAAAAAAUAUAAAACAACACUUACUCAUAAAACUUGUGAGGAGAUUUUUCCUUUGUGUUUGGCAUUACUUACUGGUAAAUAGAUAGGCAUAUAGGCAUAGACGUCUUAGAAAGUCCAGACACCGUCUCCUGAACUAAAUAGUGACCCACCUCAAUUCAGACAGUUCGCAUAUACUUAAUUACGCACUUACACGUACACACCGACAAGCAUACAAUGCACAUAAUUUAAUUAUACACACAAAGACCGCCAUUAAUUUCCUAUAGGUAUCUGGCAAUUCACUUGACAGUCACACAUAGACACUCGGCACAUUAUGGUGCUUCUUGAUUGACUUAGAUAUACCGUCUGCCUAUUUUAAAAGUCUAUGCAGGAAAAUAAGUAGAUAGGUAGUUAAUAUUAUGUAUAAAAGUUAUGAAAUAUUUUAUGCCCACCAACAGUAACUUAAAAUAUCGAAAAUGAUGUUUAUACCUAUAGAAAAUAAUAAAAUAUAAUAGUUAUAUAAAUGUAUUUUAUAGAAUAUUAAAUAUUUUGAAUGUAUUUAGAUAAAAUGUGUUAUUUUCAUAGAAUUAAUUUAUGUUACCUAACUACAUCGUUGUUAAUUUUAUGUUGUACUGAGUGAAAAUAAAUGUAUGUAAUGCUGUUGUAAAUAUUUAUUGCGAAUAAUUAAUUAAAAGUACAAAAACAAA